ACCAAUAGUGAAUCUAUAGAGAACUUUGUGGCCGACUACGAAGGAUAUGCCGCUAUGAAAGACUGGGACGAAGUGAAAAUAAGGCUCAAAGAUGUAAAAGCCGCCAUCCUAAAGUCGGGAAAAGUGAAAUACGAUGUCGAGAUGAAGAUCGAACGUCUGAUGAACCUCAAACUAAACGAGGAUGAGAGCAUCGUUUCUUAUACUAACCGAUUCGACGCCUGUGCUAAGAAAGUAACAAAUGAAGUUAGUGAUCGCGAGGCUAUCAAAAUUGAAAAAUUUGAAAAGAGCGAUAAGUUCGACAUAAAGAAGGCUAGUGUGAUAGGGGAAGAAUCGACGUACCAAACCGAUCCCGCUGUUGAUGAGCUGGCUGAUACCUUCUCUGAUCUCAAGAUCUGUCGAGUUAGUCUGGGUGGUCAGGGCGAAAAGAACCCUGAAAAAAUUUACAAAUUGGAAGCUACCAUAAAUGAGCUUACAAGGAUACUCAAGAAUAUGAACAAUAAUAAUAAUACUCAGCUUAACCGAAAUCAAUGA